ACCAGUUUGACUGUAUUGGGAGUUUGGGUCCCGGCCGGCCAUAUCCAUUGACAGCUCUGGACCGCUGCGAGCGCAAAUACUGAAAUACAUGCGGGUGAAAGAGCGAGGGAGAUUUGAAUUUGAAAUUGCAAAAAUUGUCUUCACCUCUCUACUCCCUCUCCCUCCAAGCAAUGGUCGCUAGGCCCGCUCUUACUAGUUGCUCAUUUUUCCCUCUGUGCUUAUCAUCUAUAGUUCUCGUUCUAAUGUGAUUCCUCUUCAAGCAGUCUCAACUCUUAAUCAAUGGAGAAUUUCUUCCUUCUGACUCGUCCAUAUGACUCUUUCUCCCUCAAUAGAAUUCCUGCUCAAGAACCCACUUUUCUCUCUUCUUCAAAGAUCGAAAACGACCUCAGAGAUUAUCCAAAUCCAUGCCCAGUUGAUCAAAACCAACCUUAUCUCCAACACACUCGCCGCAAGCCGAUUGAUUGUUUCCGUAACUUCAGGCGCUCUAAACAUGGAUUACGCAGAGAUGAUGUUUGCUCAAAUUGAAAAACCAAACACAUUCAUUUGGAACACCAUGAUUAAAGGCUAUGCUGAAAGCUCGAGUCCUUCUCGAGCGUUUUAUUUCUAUGGUCGGAUGCGAAUGGGAAGUGUCUCGGUUGAUAACUACACGUACCCUUUUGUUCUUAAGGCAUGCCAGCUGAUGUUGGGAUUGCACGAAGGAAGGAUGGUCCACGCAGAGGUUUUGAAGAAAGGGUUCGGAUUCGAUUUGUUUGUAAGGAAUGGCCUGAUUAGUAUGUAUUGUAGGUGUGGCGAGACGGCUUCGGCACGAGCGUUGUUCGAUGGAUUCCGCGAGAAGGACUUGGUUUCUUGGAAUUCUAUGAUAGGCGGGUAUGUAGGACGCGGGGAAAUGAACGAGGCAGAGAAACUGUUUGACGCAAUGCCGGAGAGAGAUCUGUUUUCUUGGGCCAUUAUGAUUGAUGGGUACGGGAAGAAACUCGGUGAUGUUGCUCGUGCUCGCCUGCUAUUCAACACGAUGCCUGAGAGAGAUUUAGUUAUUUGGAAUUCUAUGAUUGAUGGGUAUGUAAGUCAUGGAGAAAUGUUUUCUGCUCGCCAAUUAUUUGAGGAGAUGCCUGAGAAAAACGUUAUCUCUUGGAGCAUCAUGAUUGACGGCUACACCCGAUCUGGGAACUGCAAGGAAGCUUUAAGUCUCUUUAAGCAAAUGCUUAGGGAAGGAAUCGUACCUGACAAGGUUUCCGUAGCAGGGGCAAUUUCAGCAUGUUCUCAGUUGGGUGCCCUUGAUCAAGGAAGGUGGAUACAUAUCUACAUACACAAGAAAAAAAUCAUCUCUGAUAUCGUAGUUCAAACCGCUUUGCUGGACAUGUACAUGAGAUGCGGGAGCCUGGAUGAGGCUCGCGGGAUGUUCAAUAGCAUGCCAGAAAGGAAUAUCAUAUCUUGGAACGUGAUGAUUGUCGGACUUGGCAUUAAUGGCGUUGGAGAAGAAGCUCUGGAGCUUUUUUCUCAGAUGGAGACGCAAGGGAACCUGAUGGAUGACUUGACCUUCCUUGGUGUUUUAAGUGCAUGUAAUCAUGCAGGUUUAGUAACUCAAGGACUGCAGAUUUUCAACAGAAUGAGAAUUGCUUAUGGGAUUAAACCGAAGCUUGAACAUUACGGGUGCUUGAUAGAUCUCCUGGGACGUGCAGGAAGAUUGGAUGAAGCUAAGGAUGUAAUAGAAACCAUGCCCAUGGAGCCUAGUUCAGCUUCUUUGUGGGGAUCUAUUCUUGCAGCCUGUCGGAUUCAUCGAAGAGUGGCCCUUGCGGAGGUCUCAUUACAGAGGCUCGUAGAACUUAAAGCAGAUGAUUGUGGUGCAUAUGUUCUCAUGUCAAACAUAUAUGCUGAGGAAGGGAUGUGGAAGGAUGUCUGGAGAAUAAGAAAGCUAGUUACAGAUAGGGGGAUGAAGAAGGAAAGGGGAAGUAGUGUGAUUGAGGUGGAUGGUACAAUUGAGGAGUUUGUUAAUGGAGAUAGUUCCAUCACGGAGGAGAUAAACCUGGUUAUCCGAAGUUUGUCAAAAGUAAUGGUGUCCAAAUGAUAAGGCAGAAUAAUAAAGAUUGUGGAAAUUCAAGGUGAAAAACUUGUCACCUUAAUUCCUUUUCUCCAAACUUAAGCAGCCAUUCGCUCAUUCUUAUGAAAUUCUUUCCUUUUUUCUUUUUUCUAA